GCCCGUUUCUUGGUCGUGGAUGACGGAGAUCGUAAAAACAGGUAACCUUAACAUGCAUGUAUUUGUCAAAACGAACGUGUCCACGAGAUCGAUGAAUCCUCGAUUUACUCAACGCCUUUAUCGUUAUCUCGUGAUAGCAAACCUGUGUAGAUAGCUAAAAUGGCGUCUCCUGCAACUCUCAGAGAUUUGAAGCAGGUAGUGAGAGACGGAAUGAGUACAGUUUUGUUUUGUUUUGGUUACAAAACAGGGAUAGUUGAUGCCUUCAUAGAAAUACAACAACCCUGCACUGCAGAGGAACUCAGUCAGAAGUCGGGGAAAAAGUUACGAUACCUACAAGAAUGGCUGAGCGGCAUGAUAGGAGCAGGAAUCGUCAAACUUCACGAGGGCGAAAAAUACUCUCUUCCGUACGAGGAAUCUGUAUUACGACAAUGGGGUCACGUUUCCACUGUCCUUCCGGUUUUGUUUGAGCUAUUUCCCAAACUGGAAAGUGUCAUGUCAAUGGAUGGACCGAAAGGUUAUGGAUAUUAUAAACCAAUUCUCCAGUGGUUGGACACGUACCGCUCAACUGAAUUCCUUAAGGUUUGGAACCAAAGUUUGCUGAUUCCAGUACUGGAAUUAAAACAAGAGAAGGAUUUUACGUUGUUGGAUAUUGGGUGUGGUUAUGGGAAGCACACCAUGGAGGUGGCCAAACUGUAUCCCAGCUGCACUAUAUACGGGAUCGACACGGACCAAGUCUCCAUAGACCAAGCCAAAGAGGCACUUUCACAAGGUGGUCCUCAGAACAUCCAGUAUAGUUGCAUGAAUGCGGCCGAACUUCCACCGGAUUGGACAGACAAAUUUGAUUUCGUCAUAAUGAACGACGUUCUCCACGAUGCACACGGUGUAGACGACAUUCUGAAGGAGUUUAAGCGAGUUCUCAAACCAGAUGGUUACGGAGCAGUGUUUGACCCACCUGUGUCAUCGUACCCCGAAAAGCAAGCUAACGACAAAACGGCACAAUUCUUUAUGCCUCUCAGCCUUUUCUCGUGCCUUCCAGUGAGCUCUUUGGGUGAUGGUAAUGGUCUGGGUAUUGGUUGGGGUUACGAAAGUCGGAAAGAGAAGAUUGAAGAGCACGGAUUCAAAUUGAUCAAGAGUGGCGAUAACGACAUUGACACUGUACAAGAGGGCAUUGUCUUCCACAAGUAAAGAUCAACAUUCGUAAAAUAUAACAGCCUAAAGUGACUUUACGCAAACGGAUUCCUUGGGUUUUUUCUAUGUGGACUAUAACACAGUGCCACAUAUAUCAGUGUUAUACUUGAUUAUUCAGUAUUAUGAACUUAAACAGAAUUAACAGAGCAAGUAUACUGAUAUAAAGGUUGACAUUAUAUAUUCACCUAUACCACAGUAUCAUACCUGAUUAUUUAGCUAUAGCUGUAUGAACUUAAACAGAAUUAACAGAGAAAUUGUAAUAAUAUAAAGGUUUACAUUAUAUAUUCAUCGAGAAUAUGAAUAUGAAAUAAUUUGCAAAAUAAAAUAACCGGUGCAUUUA